GGAGUGGCGACCCACCAACAGGCAAUGAUUAGAAAGAAGAAAUUGAGAAUUUUGGCAGCAUGAGUCGAUGACCCAGUUUUUGCCUCCCAAAAGUUGUGGACUCUCACUCAAAAUGCUUCAAUUUCCAUUGCAUAAUUAAUUGCAUUCAGACGUGCUUACCUUAAUCCCUUUGCUUUUUUCUUGUUCUUUCUUACGAAUCCUCAUAUAACCCUUAAACCUCGUUGUUUUAGUCAAAAUCAUCGUACGAAAACGAACUCAAUUGGUCAAUAUCGCUAAAUGGGUCUCUUUUACCUUUCUUCUCUCUCUGGUCAAAGUUGAAUAGGAAAUUUUUUUUGGGGUGGGUAUGUAUACCCCAGUUGGAGAGGAUUGAAAUUUUUCAGAGUAUGCUAUUUAUGCUUUGUGGGUUUUUUUUUUUUUGUUUAAUUGCUCUGAGUCUGAAAGAAAGUUCAGAAUUUCGAAGUUCAGGACAGGAAUUCCUUAGCUACUAUUUGGUUGCUACUUCAUACAUCGUUGAAUAGAAAUAACUAUACUAAUGGUUGAUAAUUUUGGAACAAUGAAUCCAACUGCUUCACUGCCCGUCCCUCGGGAGCCAGCCAAUUAUGACGAAGUUUCUAUGGAGCAGAGCAUGCUCUUUUCUGAUAGGCUCAAGGAUUUGAAGAAUCUCAGGAAACAAUUGUAUGCAGCUGCAGAAUAUUUUGAGUUGUCUUAUAGUAAUGAUGACCAGAAAGAGAUUGUUGUAAAUUCAUUGAAAGAUUAUGCCAUUAAAGCUCUUGUCAAUACUGUGGACCAUUUGGGCUCUGUCACCUACAAGGUCAAUGAUUUGUUGGAUGAAAAGGUUGAUGAAGUUUAUGGAACUGAGAUCCGGGUUUCUUGCAUUGAGCAGAGACUGCGGACAUGCCAGGAGUACAUCGAUUGUCAAGGCCUUUCUCAGCAGUCGCUGAAGAUAAACACUCCCAAGUACCAUAAGCGAUAUAUCUUGCCAGUUGGGGAGACCAUGCACGGUGCUGUUUGCACCAACUCCAAAUACCAAGGAUUUAGCCUAGAUGACGAAAAGGACUUGCUUCAAUUUAAGAAUGCUAUCCGAGCAACAGUUAGAGAAACUCCAUCUGCAGCCUGUGAAGUGCACUCUACCCUGCCUUCUUCGAAGGUUGCUCAGCAACCCAGAAACUUUUUAUUAUCCGGCAGCAUGGUCAAGAAAGAUUUAGAAAAACGCGCUGCAUCACCGCACCGGUUUCCUCUCUUACAUUCAGGAUCCUUUUCUAGUAAGCCAACUACACCAAAAAGUUCACGUUCAAGCACUCCAAAUAGUAGUCGACCUACCACCCCUAAUCUUUCGCUUGGAAGACAACAGUAUCUUUCAGACCCUCGAAAAUCAGCUUCAAUGCGGGUUCGUGUUGGAAAAGAAAACCCGAAAGACAUCGAACAAUACCCCAGUAAAAGUAAACGGCUACUCAAGGCUUUGCUAAGUCGACGUAAAUCAAAGAAAGACGAUAUGUUAUACACUUACUUGGAUGAAUAUUAGUCACGAAAUCAGGGAAACACGAAAAAAGUGUUAUUUCUGAAAGCAGGAAGAUGAAUCGCCAUUUUUUCCACCCAUUGUAGGGGUUGUACCAUUUUGUUUUCUAUAGUAGGCUUCAUUUCACAUCCUAUAUUCCCAAGCAUUUAGCAGAAAGUGUAAUUGUUAGUACUUAAUUUUUAACUUAAUGAUAAGUAUUAAUGCAAGCAUUAUUGCGAGAUAAUUUCAAAAAGCUAGCUUGAUGACAUGUUGCUGGAAA